AUGGGGAUGCGAGGCAGUGGUAGCAGAGCAUUCACUGCGCUUUCCUCCGGACUGAUUGGCGGCGCCGACAAGGCACUCCGCGGAGCGACGGGCCUCGAAGGCAUUCGGAUCGGCGCAAAUAUUCUCCACAAAUGGGCGGAGGGCCUGGACACCCGCUUGCACUUUUCUGCAGAUGCGGCGGCUGCUAUGGGAGGAACGGAUCUGUUGCGGUCGUCGCUGCCGUCGCUUGAAAACUCUCUGGAGUUGUGCACCGGCAAAAACGGGCCGCUCUCGCUUCUUUCGCGGCUCUGCCAGGCAGUUGAAAUCACUGGAGAAGCCGUCAGCGACGGCGGUAGCAGACGCCUGAGGACUGUCGUGCGCUACGACCUCCCCUCAGGCAAGAGCCAAAUCCUCUGCACAGAAACUUCGGAACUUCGCAUCCAAGGCGGGAAAAUUCCCCAAGAGAAAGACGACCAGUGGACAGAAGUCAGCGUGCAUGUGGCUCGGCAGCAUCGGACAAACUCCUGGGACACGGUCGUCGGAGUGAAACAACACUUUGACGGCGGCCGUGUGACGUUUGCUCCCUUUUUCCGUCUCAGAGACAGAUCUCUACACUACGAGUACACACAAGCCCUCGCGAGUGGCGGAGUGUUGAAGGCGCACCUUCAGCCCUCGCAGUCUCUUCGGAUCCAGUGGAGAGACCCGAGCGCCUCGGGCGGCGUCUGGCUCGCCCAGGCGGAGCUGCCGCUGCAGAAAGGGAAGAGCCUGCGAGAGGGAACUGUCGCCUUCAGGAGAGAGUGGACUUUCUAG